GCCCGAACGUAAUAAACCGGCGUAACGCUGCGGCUGGAGUAUAUUUUUUAGCGUUUGUGUUGCUUCUGUUAACGGUGUAAAUAACUGUAGAAUUGACUAGGGCGGUGGUGGUCGUAUGUUUUGAUCACUAUUUCGUGCGUCUGACCAGCUACGGCGUGUUACUGUGUGAUAUAAUACACAGCCUGUUCGCUCGACAGCAUGGUGAUCCUUACCAGCUUCCCGCCACCGGACGAAGGCAUCCGUCAUCGCGAGGAGGCGACAGCCGCAUUUAUCCAAAGCAGGGACCUGGGCAAAGGAACACUGUACAUCGCCGAGAGCCGUGUCUCAUGGGUUGGCCAAAACAGCUCUGGUUUUUCACUGGAGUACCCGUCUGUGGCACUGCACGCUUUGUCGCGGGACCUGCGAGCCUUUCCAGAGGAGUGCCUCUAUCUUAUGAUUGACGGCGAUCUGGGUGAAGGUGAAGAAGAAUCCAGCGAGAAUGGACAGGAUGACGAGCAACCUGCGUCAGAGAUCCGCUUCGUGCCAGACGACAAGUCGCAUCUGGAAGCCAUGUACAAGGCAAUGUCAGAGUGCCAAGCCCUACACCCAGACCCUGCUGAUGUUGGUGAUUCAGAUGAUGACGGCGUUUAUGAGGAUGCCGAUGAGGAGGAUGAAGGGGCUGAGUACGAUGUUCGAGCAGCCGAACAGCAGCGUGGCUGCCACCAACUUGAAGCUGAUGCAGGUAACGGUGACUGGGAGGCUGGGGAUGAGCCCAUGGAGACAGGGCAAUUUGAAGACGCAGAACCAGACCAUUGAAACUAGCAUCAUUCACCUCGCUGGAUGCUUCUGCUACAAAGGGCACUGAUAUAAGGAGAAUACAUCUUGUCAUUUGGAUGAAGAGACAGCAGAGUGGUCCAUUUCACCGACCGUUGUUACACUAGGUGCUAAACCUAAUUAACAACGGGGAGGACAUUGCAAAGUUAUCACUGCUGUUUGACAUCACAACGAGCGGCACCCUGGAUUUGCUUGCCUGAAGCCAUUGCCCUAUCUGCAUAGAAGCUUAAUAGACAUUGCCAGCUGCCUUGUUUUAAGUUAGGAGACUGUGGUGAUUGCACAGGAGGAACAGAAAUAUAUUAUGCAUAUUGAGGCAAUUUCACUGAUGAACUUGACAUCGCAUGAUACAUUGUAUUUAUCGUUUCCAACACUACACUUUUGCUCGGCCAAAGAGGAAAGUGUGUAGACAUGUUUGUGUGUAUGUGCUGUAUGCCCUUUAUGUUUGUCUUCGUCUUCCUGCUGAAGGAGGGUGUCAGGACGUCAAAUAAAUUUUGUUACUCAUUCUGCA